AUGCAGAUUUUUGUAAAGACUCUCACGGGCAAGACCAUAACCCUCGAGGUUGAGCCGAGCGACACGAUUGAGAACGUGAAGGCUAAGAUCCAGGACAAGGAGGGCAUUCCCCCGGACCAGCAGAGGCUCAUAUUCGCCGGAAAACAGCUGGAGGACGGAAGAACGCUCAGCGACUACAACAUUCAGAAGGAGAGCACGCUCCACCUGGUACUGAGGCUGCGCGGAGGAAUGCAAAUCUUCGUCAAAACCCUCACGGGCAAGACCAUAACCCUCGAGGUUGAGCCGAGCGACACGAUUGAGAACGUGAAGGCUAAGAUCCAGGACAAGGAGGGCAUUCCCCCGGACCAGCAGAGGCUCAUAUUCGCCGGAAAACAGCUGGAGGACGGAAGAACGCUCAGCGACUACAACAUUCAGAAGGAGAGCACGCUCCACCUGGUACUGAGGCUGCGUGGUGGCCUGAUCCACUGA